AUGGAGCCAGAGCAACUUUAUGCCGCUUGCCUGGGUGGAACUCUACUAUUGUUGCUUGUAUUCCGCUUUGCACCUACGAGCUAUCGUCCUGUGCCGACAUCUGAUCGUCGAUGGCGAUACUGGAUUGCUCGUCUGUUCAGGUUCACUUAUCGAAAAUUAUGUUUUCUCUUUUUAAAACAUGUGCUCUACCCACGUCUCUUUGGACAUAUAUCCAGGUACCGUUUCAUACUCCAGUCUAUAUACUGGGCGGGAACUAUAACCUGUAACUUUGUUGGUACACAUACUCUUAGUUCCAUGGCUGCUCGUGCAGGAAAUAUUGCUGUUCUGAACUUCAUCUCUCUAUUACUUGCUGGUCGUAUAUAUAUCGCAGCAGACCUCCUUGGCUUGUCUUACCGAUCCUAUCUUCACGUUCAUAGAACAUUUGCAAUGAUGACAUUUGUGCAAACUACACUACACACUGUUAUGUCAAUUCGAGAGCACGGUUGGCUCCCAUACGAACAGCUCCAAUUCUACGGAAUACUAGGCAUCGCGGCAUGUGCUGCAUCGUUUAUUAUAGUGGUAUUCCGUAAAUGGGUAUACGAAGUCUUUAUCAAAAUGCACUAUUGGCUUGGAAUCCUUGCGCUUGGUACCAUAUGGCGUCACAUCUAUAUCCAGCGGGUAUUUGCGCAAUUAUAUGUAUUAGUUGGCAGUAUCAUCUUUGCCCUCACUACAUUGUUGCAUUGGGUACUACUUGUUCUACGCAACGUCACCUGCCACAAGUGUGGCUCGAGAGCGAGUGUCAUUAGAGGAGCAGACCUCCAGACAGCACAAAUCGAUAUACCAGUCAAUAGACCAUUCACUGUUCGAGCCGGAAUGACUGUCUAUAUAUGGAUGCCGGGAGUCAGCCUUCUUUCUGCUCUGUAUUGUCAUCCAUUCACAAUAGCUUGGUGGGAGAAUAACGACACUGGAAAAGCAACCAAGAUAACCCUACUGGUAAAUAGGAGGAGUGGAUUCACACGAAACUUGAUCGAGCAUCGUGCAAAGGAAUUUAUCACUUGGAUAGAUGGGCCGUAUGGAAACUUUUUUGAUCUUCGCCCAUACCAAAGAAUACUUAUGUUAGCAUCCGGGGUUGGGAUCACUGCUCAGAUCUCAUAUAUCCGAGAGUUACUCGAAGCCAAUGCACACCCAACUCGCUCUAUAUUUGUGGUGUGGGAAGUUGAGGAAGAAGGAAACUUAAGAUCGGUUCACCACUGGAUGAACGAACUCCUAACUCAGGAUAAACACUCCUAUAUAUUACGCUUUGGGCUCUAUAUCCCAAGAAACCCCAAGAGCCACGGGGCGCCAGAACCAUGGAAUAGCCUACAUGACAGAAUCUGGAAGAUGCAAGGACCUAUCGAUACAUGGAAGGCUGUGACGCAGGAGUUUUGGAAGGGACCGGGAAAUGCUCUUGUGACAGUAUCCGCUUAUGGGGCCAUACGGAGAGAAAUCCGGAAGGUUAUCCAAGCGAACAUGGAAGAUAUUGUCGAUUUGGUCGAACUCCCCUUUCAACCAGAGAUUAAUCGACCGGUAUUCACGCCUGGUAAAAGGCGUGGCGUAGUUGAGGAGGUGUAG